CCUCCAGUGAGCGGGCGGCAAGCUUCUGGCAACUUUUCACUGCUUCCAGUUACUUGAACGAAACAAGUAAGUUGUAACCAUGAGUUCGGACGCGGAAAUGGCUAUUUUCGGCGAGGCCGCAAUAUUCCUGCGAAAACCGGAAAAAGAAAGAAUUGAAGCCCAAAAUCGACCCUUCGAUGCUAAAACGGCGUGUUUCUGCGUCGACGUGAAGCACGAGUUCACUAAAGGCACCAUUAAGAGCAAAGAACCCGGCAAAGUGGUUGUUGAAACACAAGAGAAACAGACUGUGACUCUUAAAGAGGACCAAGUCUUCCCAAUGAAUCCUCCAAAAUUCGAUAAAAUCGAGGACAUGGCUAUGAUGACUCAUCUGAGUGAGCCGGCGGUGCUGUUUAACCUCAAAGAGCGUUAUGCAGCCUGGAUGAUCUAUACCUACUCUGGGUUGUUCUGUGUCACCGUGAACCCCUACAAGUGGUUGCCCGUGUACAACACGGAAGUCGUGGCUGGAUACAGGGGAAAGAAGCGUCAGGAAACUCCACCCCACAUCUUCUCCAUCUCCGACAGCGCUUAUCAGUUCAUGGCAACCGACCGUGAAAACCAGUCCAUUCUCAUCACCGGAGAAUCCGGUGCCGGGAAGACGGUGAACACCAAACGGGUCAUCCAGUACUUUGCAUCAAUUGCAGCCGCUGGUGAGACGAAGAAGAAGGAACACAACGCCAGUUCGCUCAAGGGAACUCUGGAGGAUCAAAUUAUCCAGGCAAACCCUCUACUGGAAGCUUUUGGUAAUGCCAAGACUGUGAGAAAUGACAACUCGUCUCGCUUUGGUAAAUUCAUUCGGAUUCACUUUGGAACUACAGGGAAACUGUCCUCCGCUGAUAUUGAAACAUAUCUCUUGGAGAAGUCCAGGGUGACAUUCCAGCUGAAAUCAGAAAGAAGUUACCACAUUUUCUAUCAGAUUACAUGCAACAAAAAGCCUGAACUUAUUGAAAUGUUACUCAUUACCAACAAUCCCUACGACUUUCAUUUUGUUAGCCAAGGUGAGAUUUCUGUGGCCAGUAUUGAUGAUGGUGAGGAACUGAUGGCUACUGAUGAAGCCAUCGACAUUUUGGGCUUUACAGCUGAUGAGAAAGUCGGCAUUUAUAAACUCACUGGUGCAGUAAUGCACUAUGGGAAUCUAAAGUUCAAGCAGAAGCAACGAGAGGAACAAGCUGAGCCUGAUGGCACAGAAGUGGCUGACAAGACUGCUUACCUGAUGGGUCUCAACUCUGCUGAGCUGCUGAAAGCUCUGUGUUAUCCACGAGUAAAAGUUGGCAAUGAAUAUGUGACAAAGGGCCAAACCGUGCAGCAGGUGAACAAUUCUGUUGGUGCCCUUGCAAAAUCAGUCUAUGAGAAAAUGUUCUUGUGGAUGGUGUUGCGUAUCAAUCAGCAGCUGGAUACAAGACAACCCAGGCAAUAUUUUAUUGGUGUGCUGGAUAUCGCUGGCUUUGAAAUUUUUAAUUUCAACAGCUUGGAGCAGUUAUGUAUCAACUUCACAAAUGAGAAACUGCAGCAGUUCUUCAACCACCACAUGUUUGUUCUGGAACAAGAGGAGUACAAGAAGGAAGGAAUUGAAUGGGAAUUCAUUGACUUUGGUAUGGAUCUGGCUGCUUGCAUUGAACUCAUUGAGAAGCCCAUGGGGAUCUUUUCAAUCCUGGAAGAGGAGUGUAUGUUCCCCAAGGCCACAGACAUUACUUUUAAGAAUAAACUGUACGAUCAGCAUAUUGGAAAGACAAGCAAUUUCCAGAAACCCAAGCCUGGCAAAGGGAAGGCUGAAGCUCACUUUGCUUUGAUUCAUUAUGCUGGCACAGUAGAUUAUAAUGUUAAUGGAUGGUUGGAAAAGAACAAAGAUCCACUCAAUGAAACAGUUAUUACACUGUACCAAAAGGCUGCACUGAAACUCUUGCAAACACUUUACAGUUCUCAUACUAAAGAAGCUGAAAAUAGUGGCAAGAAAGGAGGGAAAAAGAAGGGUUCGUCUUUCCAAACUGUAUCUGCACUUUUUAGGGAAAAUCUGAACAAGUUAAUGACUAACUUAAGGUCCACUCACCCACAUUUUGUGAGAUGUUUAAUUCCCAAUGAGACAAAGACACCAGGUGCCAUGGAUAAUCACCUAGUUAUGCACCAACUUAGAUGUAAUGGGGUGCUGGAAGGAAUUAGAAUUUGCAGAAAAGGAUUUCCAAGUAGAAUUCUCUAUGGUGACUUUAAGCAAAGAUAUAGGAUACUGAAUGCAAGUGCAAUUCCUGAAGGACAGUUCAUUGACAGUAAGAAGGCAUCAGAAAAACUCCUGAAUUCCAUCGAUAUUGAUCGUACACAAUAUAAGUUUGGUCAUACCAAGGUAUUUUUCAAAGCUGGUCUUCUGGGUACUCUUGAAGAGAUGAGAGAUGAAAGAUUGGCAAUACUUGUAACUCGCAUACAAGCCGUCAGCCGUGGAGUACUCAUGAGGAUUGAAUUCAAGCGGAUGAUGGAGAGAAGGGAAGCGAUAUUUACCUUGCAAUACAACAUUCGAGCAUUCAUGAAUGUCAAACACUGGCCAUGGAUGAAACUCUUCUUCAAAAUCAAACCUCUUCUAAAGAGUGCGGAAUCUGAAAAGGAAAUGCAGAACAUGAAAGAGGAAUUUGAGAAAACUAAGGAGUUACUCGCCAAAUCAGAAGCACGGAGGAAAGAACUGGAGGAAAAAAUGGUAUCUCUGGUACAGGAAAAGAAUGACCUGGCUCUUCAAGUACAGGCGGAAAGUGAAACUCUGGCAGAUGCUGAAGAAAGGUGUGAGGGGCUGAUUAAAAACAAAAUUCAGCUGGAGGCGAAACUCAAAGAAUCAAAUGAAAGGCUGGAGGAUGAAGAGGAGAUGAAUGCUGAGCUGACAGCUAAGAAAAGGAAACUGGAGGAUGAGUGCUCAGAACUGAAGAAAGAUAUUGAUGACUUGGAGCUCACCUUAGCCAAAGUUGAAAAGGAAAAACAUGCCACUGAAAAUAAGGUCAAGAACCUUACAGAGGAAAUGGCAAGCCUUGAUGAAAAUAUUAUUAAGUUAACAAAGGAAAAGAAAGCACUUCAGGAGGCCCACCAACAGACACUUGAUGAUCUGCAGGCAGAGGAAGACAAAGUCAACACUUUGACCAAAGCUAAGUCAAAGUUGGAACAGCAAGUUGAUGAUCUUGAAGGUUCCCUGGAGCAAGAAAAAAAACUACGGAUGGAUCAUGAAAGGUCCAAGCGAAAACUUGAAGGUGAUCUGAAACUAUCCCAAGAAACAAUAAUGGAUUUAGAAAAUGACAAGCAGCAAACUGAAGAGAAGCUGAAAAAGAAAGAGUUUGAAAUUAGUCAACUUCUAAGCAAGCUUGAGGAUGAGCAGGUUCUAAGCAUUCAGCUUCAAAAGAAAAUUAAAGAACUCCAGGCUCGUAUUGAGGAGCUUGAGGAAGAAAUUGAAGCUGAACGUGCCGCACGUGCUAAGACUGAGAAACAGAGAGCCGAUCUUUCUCGGGAACUUGAAGAGAUCAGUGAGCGACUGGAAGAAGCUGGUGGGGCAACUUCAGCUCAGAUUGAAAUGAACAAAAAACGAGAGGCAGAAUUUCAGAAACUGCGCCGUGACCUGGAAGAAUGCACCCUCCAGCACGAAGCCACAGCUGCUGCUCUUCGCAAGAAGCAGGCUGACAGCGUUGCAGAACUUGGGGAACAAAUCGAUAACCUGCAGCGGGUGAAGCAGAAGCUUGAGAAGGAAAAGAGUGAACUGAAGAUGGAAGUUGAUGACCUCGCCAGCAACAUGGAAUCUGUCUCGAAAUCUAAGGCAAAUUUUGAAAAGCUGUGUCGAGCCCUAGAGGACCAACUUAGUGAAACUAAAGCAAAGAAUGAUGAGAAUGGACGGUUAAUUAAUGAUUUAUCAUCCCAGAAAGCACGACUGCAGACUGAAAAUGGUGAAUAUGCACGACAAAUGGAAGAGAGAGAGUCCCUGGUUUCUCAAAUGACAAGGGGAAAGCAAGCAUUCACUCAGCAGAAUGAAGAGCUAAGGAGACAAUUGGAAGAAGAACUUAAGGCUAAGAAUGCCCUGGCCCAUGCACUUCAGUCAUCGCGCCAUGACUGUGACCUGCUCCGUGAACAAUAUGAAGAGGAGAUGGAGGCAAAGGCUGAGCUCCAGCGUGGAAUGUCCAAGGCCAACAGUGAAGUGGCUCAGUGGAGAACAAAAUAUGAAACUGAUGCAAUCCAGCGCACAGAGGAACUGGAAGAGGCCAAGAAAAAACUUGCCCAGCGACUCCAAGAGGCGGAGGAUCACAUUGAGGCAGUGAACUCAAAAUGUGCUUCAUUAGAAAAGACCAAACAGAGGCUUCACAAUGAAGUUGAAGAUCUAAUGAUCGAUGUGGAGCGAGCUAAUGCUGCUGCAGCUGCUCUUGAUAAAAAGCAGAGGAAUUUUGACAAGAUACUGGCGGACUGGAAGCAAAAAUAUGAGGAAUGUCAGUCUGAAUUAGAGGCAUCCCAGAAGGAAUCUCGUUCUUUGAGUACUGAACUCUUCAAAAUGAAGAAUGCUUAUGAGGAAUCAUUGGACCAUCUUGAAACAUUGAAAAGGGAGAACAAGAAUCUUCAACAGGAGAUCUCUGAUUUGACUGAACAACUUGGAGAAAGUGGCAAAGCCUUGCAUGAGAUUGAAAAGGCUAAGAAAUUGGCAGAGACAGAAAAGGCUGAAAUCCAGAGUGCCUUGGAAGAAGCAGAGGCAACUCUUGAACAUGAAGAAAGCAAGUUCCUUCGUAUACAACUUGAAUUAAAUCAAAUAAAAUCUGAAAUUGAUCGAAAGAUUGCAGAGAAAGAUGAGGAAAUUGAUCAAAUUAAGAGGAACAGUCAGAGAGUUGUGGAAGCACUGCAGGCAUCACUGGAGGCAGAAGUCAGAAGCAGAAAUGAUGCUCUGAGAAUCAAAAAGAAAAUGGAGGGUGAUAUGAAUGAAAUGGAGAUUCAGUUGAAUCAUGCAAACCGCCAGGCUACAGAAGCCACGAAGCAUCUCAGGAAUAUACAGGCUCAAUUUAAGGAGGCACAGAUACAUAUAGAUGAUGCUUUAAGAAGCAAUGAAGACCUUAAGGAGCAGUUGAGUUUGGCCGAACGCAGAAACAAUCUUCAGCUAGCUGAAAUAGAGGAAUUGAGAGGAGCUCUGGAACAAACAGAAAGAGUUCGCAAGCUGGCUGAACAAGAGCUGACUGAUGCCAAUCAACGUGUGCAACUUCUUCAUUCUCAGAAUACCAAUCUUAUCCACACCAAAAAGAAGCUUGAAACAGACAUAUCCCAGCUUCAGUCUGAAGUUGAAGAUGCCAUUCAGGAAGCUAGAAAUGCUGAUGAGAAGGCCAAAAAAGCAAUUACUGAUGCUGCAAUGAUGGCAGAGGAGUUGAAGAAGGAGCAGGAUACAAGUGCCCAUCUUGAGAGAAUGAAGAAGAACCUUGAUCAAACAGUGAAGGACCUGCAGCAUCGCCUGGAUGAAGCAGAACAGCUGGCCUUGAAAGGAGGAAAGAAACAGAUCCAGAAACUGGAGGCCAGGGUGCAUGAAUUGGAGGGUGAAUUUGAAGCAGAGCAGAAGCGCAGUGCUGAUGCUAUCAAAGGUGCUCGUAAAUAUGAGAGACGGAUCAAGGAGCUUACCUAUCAGUCUGAAGAGGAUAGAAAAAAUCUCUUGAGGCUGCAGGAUCUGGUCGACAAAUUACAACUGAAGGUUAAAGCCUACAAGAGGCAAACAGAGGAAACUGAGGAACAGGCUAAUGUUCACUUGUCCAAGUUUAGAAAAAUACAGCAUGAACUUGAGGAGGCUGAAGAGCGUGUGGAUAUUGCAGAAUCCCAGGUUAACAAACUCAGGGCUAAAAGUCGUGACAUCAAGAUGGUAGUCCAGUCUGAAGAGUAAUUACAAGCUUGAAGAGUUCACUGAAGAAAUUCACAGAAUGUGCAUUUCUUUGUAACUUAUUUUUGUAUAGUAAGUUGGCUUUGUUGGUAAUGCAUUAUUAAUAAAGACAGUUUCAACCUGCUGAAA